AUGGUGAUUCUUCCAUCAUCGUUUAAAAAUAGUCCACGAUACCUCAAUGAAUAUACCCAGGAUGCGUUCACUUACGUCAGAAAAUAUGGGCGGCCGGACUUAUUCAUCACUUUCACGUGCAACCCAACCUGGACAGAGAUUAAAGAAGAAAUGAUGAUAGGGCAAAAGCCAAUGGACCGCCACGAUAUCGUAGCACGGGUUUUUAGAAUUAAAGUUCAAAAACUGGUGGCCCUCCUCACAUAA